AUGAGCAAGCCAGUUGUACUUAGAUUAGGAGCUGUUAAAUAUGCACAGGAAGCAUGGGAAAGACUAGGUAAAAUUGCACAAGUAGUCACCGUGGAAGAAAACAGCACUAGGGCAGAUUUCCUCAAGGCGUGCAAGGACCCUAAGAAUGAAAUUUCCAAGACCCAAAUUAUAGGAAGGACUUUUGCCAGUGUGGCCAACACAGGCCGUUUCGAUGCAGAGCUGGCACAGGCGUUGCCAGCCAGCGUGGCGGCCGUUUGUCACAACGGAGCCGGCUACGACCAGAUCGACGUGGCGGACUUUGCCAAAAAACACAUCCAGGUUUCCAACGUGCCAGAACUGGUCAACAACGCAACGGCUGACACCCACGUUUUCUUGCUUUUGGGUGCGCUCCGUAACUUCGAACACGGCCAGAGACUCAUGCUCGAGCACAAAUGGCCCUCUUCGGGUGCGGCAGCGGGAGCCCCCAUCGGCCACGAUCCAGAGGGCAAAACCGUCGGAGUAUUGGGUCUCGGAGGCAUUGGCCGUGCUAUCGUUGAAAGACUCAAGCCUUUUGGCUUUAAGAGGUUUGUAUACCACAACCGCAAGAGACUGGCUCCAGAGCUCGAAAACGGGUGCGAGUACGUUUCGUUUGAGGAGCUUUUGAAGGUCUCAGACGUGGUUUCCAUUAAUAUCCCACUCAACUCCAAUACCCGCCACAUUGUCGACGCCAAGGCAAUCAGCCAGAUGAAGGACGGCGUGGUGAUCGUCAACACCGCCCGUGGUGCCGUCAUCGACGAACAAGCCUUGAUUGCUGCGUUGAAAUCCGGGAAAGUUAGAUCUGCCGGUCUGGACGUUUACGAGCACGAGCCACAGGUGCCCCAGGAGCUGCUGGACUUGCCCAAUGUAUGCGGCGUUCCUCACAUGGGCACCCACACUGUCGAAACCGUCAAGAAAAUGGAGGAAUUUGUGGUGCAGAACAUCGAGUCCGUGAUCAAAACGGGAAAGGUGAUAUCUGUUGUGCCCGAACUCAAAUCAGAGGCCUGGAUCGAUGAGCAGAAGCCAUUGCAGGCCUAG